AUGAGAACUAAUUCACUAUUCACAUGGCUUUACAUGUUUUCAAUUCUACUUGGUGUCAAUGUGUUUUUGGUUUCAAGCCAGUGUCUUGAUCACCAGCAAGCAUUGUUGCUGCAACUGAGAAAGAGCCUCGAAUUCGACCCUGAAAUCUCUACAAAGCUUGUGAAAUGGAAUGCCCAAAAUUCUGAUUGCUGUCAUUGGGAAGGUGUAUCCUGCAAAGAAGGCCAUGUUGUGGAUCUGAACUUGAGCAAUGAAGGAAUCUCUGGUGAACUUGGAAAUUCAAGCAGCCUUUUCGGUCUUCAACAUCUCAACCGUCUUGAUUUGUCUUGUAACUUUUUCAGUUCUAUGAUACCAACUGGGAUUGGUAAUCUCAAAAAGUUGAAUUAUCUGAAUUUAUCAAGUGCUGGCUUUUUGGGGCAAAUACCAAGUGAGAUGUCACACCUAAGAAGAUUGAUCACACUUGAUUUAUCAACCACUUUCAAUUAUGAUCCAACCAUAGUUCUUGCAGCUAAUGAGCUCAAACUUGAGAAUCCCACUUUGAAAAUGCUUGUUCAGAAUCUUUCUAUGCUUGAAGAACUGUAUUUUGAUGGUGUUAAUAUGUCAACAAGUGGGAGUGAAUGGUGCCAAGACUUGUCAUCUUCUUUGCCUAAUCUGAGAGUGUUGAGCUUCUCUGAUUGCUCUCUUUCUGGACCUUUUGAUCAGUCACUUGUGAAGCUUCAAUCCCUUUCGGUGAUUCGACUGGAUAACAAUGAUUUGCUUUCUCCUGUCCCUGAAUUCCUUGCAAAUUUCUCAUGGUUGAGUACUUUGAGUCUUCAUUCUUGUCAAUUGUAUGGAGCAUUUCCAGAUGAACUUUUCAAGGUACCUACACUAAUGACUCUUGAUCUUACAGACAAUGUAUUACUCUGUGGUUCUUUGCCAGAAUUUCCUAGAAAUAAUUCUCUCCAAAAAUUGAUGCUUCCAUUCACAAAUUUUUCAAAGGAAUUGCCAUCAUCUAUUGGUAACCUUUGGAACUUGUCCACAUUAGACCUUUCCUUUUGCCACUUUAGUGGAACAAUUCCAAGCUCCAUUUCAAAACUCACCCAACUUAGUAAUCUUCAAUUGUCUUUUAAUAACUUUACAGGUCCAAUACCCUCUUUCAAUAAGUCCAAGAAACUCACUCAAAUAGAUCUCAAUCAUAAUAGUCUUACUGGUGAAAUUCCUUCAGCUCAUUUUGAAGGCCUUUUGAACUUAGUUGAGAUUGAUUUAGAGGAUAAUUUUCUCAAGGGUAGUAUUCCCUCAACAUUGUUUGAACUACCAUUAUUGAAAAAAAUCUCACUAGCCAAAAACCAAUUUAACAAUCUUGAGUUUCAAACUGCAUCUUCCUCAAUUUUGACUACUCUAGAUUUGAGUAGCAACAAUCUUGAAGGGCCAUUCCUAUUGUCUAUCCUUAAACUCAAAAAUCUUAGCUCACUUGAUCUCUCUUAUAACAAGCUCAAUGGAACUCUACAACUUGACAUAUUUCAAGAGCUAGACCAACUUGCUGUUCUUGACCUUUCAUACAAUAAUUGGUCAGUAAAUGCAAGUGUGACUAAGUUUACUCUCAAGUCCUUUCCUCAGUUUGAAAAGUUAACACUUGCUUCUUGCAACAUAAGGGCAUUUCCUAAUCUUUUGAAGAACCAAUUAGGAAUGGUUGCUUUGGAUCUUUCAAACAACCGAAUUCAUGGCGAGAUACCUAACUGGAUUUGGGAAGUUGGAAACAAUACAAAUCUUGCUUUUUUGAACCUUUCACAUAACCACCUAGUUGGUAUGGAGGAACCUUAUUCUCUUCCUAGUUCUCUCAGUCUUCUAGACCUGAAUUCAAACUAUCUAGGAGGAAAGAUACCUGUUGUACCGGCUUCUAUUGGAUAUGUAGAUUUGUCCAACAAUAACUUCACUUCUUCCAUUCCAAUUCACUUUUUCAAUGACCUCUCAUCUCUUGGAUUUUUCUCCAUAUCAAAUAACAGCUUUAAUGGGGUCAUUCCUGAAUCCAUUUGCAGUGCUAGUGGCCUUCAAGUUCUUGAUUUGUCUCACAACAAAUUAAGUGGUAAAAUUCCAAGAUGUUUGUUUGAAAUAGGUGUUUCAUUAGAGGUACUUAAUCUGCGACAGAACAACUUAAGAGGCUCGAUUCAAGACGCCUUUUUCCCAACAGAUUGUGAUUUGAAGACCCUGGAUCUCAAUGGCAAUUCCAUCCAAGGAAAGAUACCGAAAUCUCUAGCCAAUUGUGCUGCAUUAGAGGUUUUAGACCUCGGCCACAAUAACAUGGUCGGCGAAUUUCCUUGCUUGUUGAAGAACACAACAACUUUGCAAGUCCUUGUUCUUAGAUCCAACAACUUUGCAGGUACCAUUGGAUGUCCCAACACAAAUGGAACUUGGGAAAUGCUUCAAAUAUUGGAUCUAGCUCAAAACAAUUUCAGUGGAGUAAUACCAGGACAAUGGUUAAAAACAAUGCAGGCAAUGAUGACUCAUAAUGAAAAUCUCCAAGCAAAUGUCAAUACCACAAAUUCUAAUGUUCUUGGCUUCACUCAUCUCUAUUCUGUCACAUUGAAUCUAAACCAAAUGAGCAUUUUAGGUGUAUAUUAUCGGUAUACAGUGACAGUUACAUCCAAAGGCCAAGAAAUGAAGCUGCCAAAGAUCCUUAAUAUCUUCAUUUCCAUUGACCUUUCAAGCAACAAUCUCCAAGGACCAAUACCAGCUGCAUUGGGAGAGCUUCAAGCUCUAACAGUUCUCAACUUGUCCAACAAUGCUCACACUGGAAAAAUCCCAUCUUCUAUAGGUGAUUUGAGGCAAUUGGAGUCAUUAGAUCUCUCAAGAAACAAUCUCAUUGGUUCAAUUCCAACCUCACUAGAGCAACUCACUUUCCUAUCAUUCCUUAAUCUUUCCUACAAUAAUCUUGUUGGUAGGAUACCAAUGGCUAAUCAAUUUAGAACAUUUUCAGAGGAUUCUUUUGUUGGUAACAAAAGACUUUGUGGAUUCCCCUUGAUGAAUAAAUGCUUGGAUGAUGAAGAGGGAAGUGGAACUUUGUUGCCUAAUACAAGGAAAGAACAUAGCAUUGAUUGGAAUGUAUUGAGUGUUGAACUUGGAUUUGUUGUUGGGUUUGGUAUUGUAUUUGGACCACUUUUGUUCUGCAAGAGAUGGAGACAAUGGCACUAUAAAUGUGUUGAUGACAUUGUUGAUAGGUUCUUUCCCUUAGCUGUGUCAAAUAAGUGGUUUCUAUGGACAAAGAGUAGUUAA